AUGGUGACCGCAGAAGAAAAGCUCAAUGCGCUCAGCGCGCAGAUGAAGUCCAUGCUCCUGCUCAUGGAGUCCUUCAAUCAUUGGUGUCCUAAGGUCGACCACUCAUCCACCGAGCUAACCAUGGAGAUCAAGACUCUCACGUCGCGCGUGGAGGCGUUGGAAGCGAAUACCGCUCCGCCAUCGGCCCUGAAGCGCGAGGAAGAGGGGCGGGCCAUGGGCCAUGGCACUGCAACAUCACCACAGGGGAAUGAUGGGGGGACUCUGGUCCUCACUCAUCCCCUGGCCAAUGGCCAGUCCUCCAUCCCCAAUUUCCCAGUUCAUUAUCAUACUGCGCCUACCAACAAUGAAUGUCGCUUGCCUAAGGCCCAGUUUCCCAAAUUUGAUGGGUCUCAUCCAAAAGUCUGGAAAGAAAAAGCAGAAAAAUACUUUGACAUGUUCAAUGUUUCAGUGCAUCGCUGGGCUCAGUAUGGCACCCUUCAUUUCAAAGGGCAUGCUGCUUUAUGGUUACAAACUUAUGAAGCACAACAUGGGGUGGAUAACUGGGUUGAACUCUGUAUUGCUACUGAGUCUAAAUUUGGGAAAGAUCUCUAUCACAACUCUAUGAUGGAAUUACUGAGCAUUAAUCAAACCUCUGAUGUUCAGGACUAUUAUGAUAGAUUCCAAACUGUCAUGCAUAAAGUGCUGGUGCAUAACAAUCAAUUAGAUGAUGUUUUCUUUGUUAGCAAAUUUCUUCAGGGGUUGCAUCCUGACAUUAGAGCUGCUAUUGUUUUACAUAAGCCGAGAACAGUUGAUGUGGCUUUGUCACUGGCUCUUAUGCAGGCUGAUGUGUUGGAGUCUCAACCCAAGUAUUUUGGCAAGCUCCAUUAUCGCGACUACAACAAGUAUCAAGGCAAGCCACCUCAAGCAGCAGCACCUGGUAUUCUGGGUGCCCCUCCAGCUGAAGAGGCUAAACCCAAGUGGGAAGACAAAUGGACCACACUCCGUGCCUAG